GAUUGAUCUGGAGCCAGAAGGAAGAGUGUAUGUGAUCAUCGAUCUCUCGGGGUCGUCGGGUGAAGCCCCUAAGGACAAUGAAGAGCGUGUGUUCAGGGAACGUAUGCGGCCGAGAAAGCGGCAGGGAGCCGUCAGGCGCAGGGUCCACCAGGUCAAUGGCCACAAGUUCAUGGCCACCUACCUUCGGCAGCCCACCUACUGCUCCCACUGCAGAGAUUUUAUCUGGGGUGUCAUAGGAAAGCAGGGAUACCAGUGUCAAGUUUGCACUUGCGUGGUCCACAAGCGAUGUCAUGAGCUCAUAAUUACGAAGUGUGCUGGAUUAAAGAAACAGGAAACUCCCGACGAGGUGGGCUCCCAGCGGUUCAGCGUCAACAUGCCCCACAAGUUCGGUAUCCACAACUACAAGGUCCCCACCUUCUGCGACCACUGUGGGUCCUUGCUCUGGGGCCUCUUGCGGCAGGGUUUGCAGUGUAAAGUCUGCAAAAUGAAUGUUCACCGUCGAUGUGAGACCAACGUAGCUCCCAACUGUGGAGUGGAUGCCAGAGGAAUCGCCAAAGUGCUGGCUGACCUGGGUGUCACUCCAGACAAGAUCACCAACAGUGGCCAGAGGAGGAAAAAGCUCCUUGCCGGUGCUGAGUCUCCGCAGCCUGCUUCUGGAAGCUCACCGUCUGAGGAAGAUCGAUCCAAGUCAGCACCCACCUCCCCUUGCGACCAGGAAAUAAAAGAACUUGAAAACAACAUCCGGAAGGCUUUGUCAUUUGACAACCGAGGGGAGGAGCACCGGGCAGCAUCAUCCACCGAUGGCCAACUGGCAAGCCCUGGAGAGAAUGGUGAAGUCCGGCAGGGCCAGACCAAGCGCUUGGGCCUGGAUGAGUUCAACUUCAUCAAGGUGUUGGGCAAAGGCAGCUUUGGCAAGGUCAUGCUGGCGGAACUCAAGGGCAAAGAUGAAGUAUAUGCUGUGAAGGUCUUAAAGAAGGACGUCAUCCUUCAGGAUGAUGAUGUGGACUGCACAAUGACAGAGAAGAGGAUUUUGGCUCUGGCACGGAAACAUCCAUACCUAACCCAACUCUAUUGCUGCUUCCAGACCAAGGACCGCCUCUUUUUCGUCAUGGAAUAUGUAAACGGUGGAGACCUCAUGUUCCAGAUUCAGCGCUCCCGAAAAUUCGAUGAGCCCCGUUCCCGGUUCUACGCUGCGGAGGUCACGUCAGCCCUCAUGUUCCUCCACCAGCAUGGGGUCAUCUACAGGGAUUUGAAACUGGACAACAUUCUUCUGGAUGCAGAAGGUCACUGUAAGCUGGCUGACUUCGGGAUGUGCAAGGAAGGAAUUCUGAAUGGUGUGACGACCACCACGUUCUGUGGGACCCCUGACUACAUAGCUCCUGAGAUCCUGCAGGAGUUGGAGUAUGGCCCCUCAGUGGACUUGGGCACUUAUGGCACGGGUAUCCUGCAGGAGUUGGAGUAUGGCCCCUCAGUGGACUGGUGGGCCCUGGGGGUGCUGAUGUACGAGAUGAUGGCUGGGCAGCCCCCCUUUGAGGCUGACAAUGAGGAUGACCUAUUUGAAUCCAUUCUCCAUGACGACGUGCUGUACCCGGUCUGGCUCAGCAAGGAGGCCGUCAGCAUCCUGAAAGCUUUCAUGACCAAGAACCCCCAUAAGCGUCUGGGCUGCGUGGCCGCGCAGAAUGGCGAGGAUGCCAUCAAGCAGCACCCGUUCUUCAAGGAGAUUGACUGGGUGCUCCUGGAGCAGAAGAAAAUCAAGCCGCCCUUCAAGCCACGAAUU